UCUCACCAAGCGUCUAACACACAGCACAGGUUAAAAUGUGUUGUUAAAAAGUCAGACUGACGAAGAACAGACGAUUCUGACUGCCCAUCUCGAGUUAUGUCAAGAUGAUUUGGAAAUUGUUUCAUUUCAGUGCUCUCCUUCUUGGAGCAUUCACAUCCCCAACUCCAUCCCCAACUCCAUCUCCAUCCCCAACCAGUAGCACUGACGAAGGAGUCUGUCACAUCUACAACUCUGGCCGCUCCGCAGACUGUCUGGGAAGACAGCUUGAAAGUGUCCCAUGGAGACAAUUUCCAUCCACACUGGAAGACAUAGAUCUUUCUUACAAUAAACUUCAAGCUGUCCAUGCUGAGGACUUCCUCCGCCUCCCUCAGCUUCGCAUCCUUAAACUACUGUACAAUAACAUUUCACACAUUGACAAUGAUGCCUUUAAAAACAACAUACUACUGGAGCAGCUCGACAUCUUCAAUAACUCCCUGCAAGAAAUUCCUGCCAAAGCUCUGACUCCUCUCUUGAAUCUUAAAGAGCUCAAAAUGUCCAAUAACCUUUACAAACAUGCCACUUUGGCUGACAGCUUCUCCAAAUUUGUCAAACUCAAAGUUCUCUCUAUGGGUGGGCCUCUGGUGAUGGGUCUAAAGAAAGCAGAUUUUCAGCCCCUGAAAAACAUUAAGUUAGAAGGUUUUGCCAUCAAAUGUUCCUCCAAUCUGAGUUACUACGAGCCUGGAAGUUUAGAUGUCAUCCAGACAAAACAGAUGGGAUUUGAUAUGGCCAUAGAUCAACGGCCAAACGCUCUCCUCCACAUGCUUCAUGACCUUGCUAACAAGACCUUCAGUGUCAUCCAGUUCCGCAACCUCUUUGAGUUCAUGUACUACAUGGGAGAUGAGGACAUUUUCAAGGGUUUAAAACAAAUCACAGCACAUCAGCUUAUCUUUCACAGAGGUAAAUUCAAUGAGAAUCUCCUGAGGAUGGCUUUAAUGAACUUACAAGUCGCCUCUAUCAAAAGGUUGAGACUUCAGUACAUCGACUUUGCCCGUUCACCCACAUUUGUCGAUAGUGGAGCAGGUUCCAGCAUCACAGACCUGGCACUGGAUAAAUUGGAUCUUUGGUAUAUCAGCAAUCCUGAUGUGCUGCGAUUUGACUGGCGCUUCACCUGGUUCAACAAAAUUAAGGAACUGUCUAUUCAGUAUGUGUACUUCAACUCUGUGCCUUGCGAUUCCUGGGUUGAGAUGAAAGGUGUGGAGCUUCUGGAUGUAUCCAAUAAUCGACUAAAGAAUGAGUUUCUCUUCAACCAGCAGUGUGAUUACAAGGGCGCCAUGCCAAGUCUUCACACAUAUAACAUGAACAACAAUGACCUGACCAGCUUAAAAGAUUUGUCAUCCCUAACAAGGGAGUUCCAGCAGCUGCAGGUAUUGGAUUUAAGCAACAACAAACUGGGAUCUGCUGAAAACUGUCAGGACUGCAUUUGGCAAAAAAAUAUCACUCGCCUUAUUGCUCACCACAAUCAAUUCGUAAGUGAAGCCCUCUGUUGUCUCCCCACCACUGUGCAAUACUUGGACCUGUCCUACUGCAACCUGGAUCACCUGGACAUAACAUACUUUGAGAAAGCUACCAACCUGAAAGAACUCCUGCUGAGUGGGAAUAAAAUCAAGUUCAUCCCAUCUAAGUGGGAAAGUCCAUCACUGCAGUCACUAGCUUUGGAUGGGAAUUCAUUUGGUCUCAUUAGCAAGGAAUCCUUUGAGAACAUGCCUCAACUCUCUCGCCUGAGGGCAGGGAACAAUCCUUACCAUUGUACUUGUGAGCUCCAUGCUUUUGUCCAGGACACAAUGUCAAAAGGAAAGGUUAACCUCACAGACUGGCCAUGGAACUACAAGUGUUACCACCCAGAAGCUUUGCUCAACACAGCCAUAUCCAAAUACUUCCCAGGUCAAGUAGCGUGUGAUAUCAGACUAGUUAUCAUCAUCUGUGUUGCGACCACUGCAGCAGUUAUCUUGAUACUGAUGCUCAUUUGCUAUAUUUUUGACCUCCCCUGGUACACUAAAGCCACGUAUCAGAUCAUCAGGGCCAAAUACAGAGCUCACAAGGAAAAAAUGGCUGGAGAAUUAGGAACUUUUACUUAUCAUGCCUUCAUAUCCUAUAGCCACUCUGAUGCAGACUGGGUGAGGGACCAGCUCUUGCCCUGUUUGGAGAACAACAGGGAUCCCUAUCGUCUGUGUAUUCAUGAGAGGGACUUCAUGCCAGGAAGGUGGAUCAUCGAUAACAUCAUUGAAAAUAUUGAAAGCAGUCGUAAGGUAAUAUUUGUCCUGUCCCGGCACUUCGUUAACAGUGAGUGGUGCAACUAUGAGCUUUACUUCGCUCAGCAGAGAGCAAUGGGAAAGACCUUCAGUGAUGUCAUACUAGUGGUGAAAGAACCCAUUGAUCCCAGCUCCUUGCCCAGCAAGUAUUGCAAGCUUAAGAAGAUGCUGAGUACCAAGACGUACUUAGAGUGGCCCCAGCAGGUCAACCAGCAGGCAUUUUUCUGGUCGCAGCUGAAGAGUGUUCUAGGCAAACCGACAAUGACCCGAGAUGGAGCACACAGUAUUAAGAGCAGAACGUCAUCUGUAGGAGGCGUUUCUGUGAUUGGGCCCCCCAUAGAUAGGAGGCCAGAUUUAGCAACACCUAAUGUAGACAAAGAAACAGAACCUCAAAAGGAAAUUAUCAAGAGGAAUAAAGACAAGCUGUCAAAUCAGAGACAAAUCCCUCUGGUGAAAGCGCUGAAAGGCCACAAACUCAAUGGCUCAAAUGAGAUCUCCCAUGUCGCACUCUGGAUAACAAGCGAGGUGCCAGGAAGAUGUGGUGACAAGAGCCACAUUGAAAAAAGACUGUGUUCUGUUACAUUGUUGGCCCUCAGAGGAAUUAACUCAAGGACGGGAAAAAUGGCUUUCAACCUGCAAAACUCCAUGGAGGGCCUCAUCAGUGUGUUCCAUUCCUAUUCUGGAAAAGAAGGUGACAAGUACAAGCUGAGUAAAGGUGAAAUGAAGAACCUGUUGCAGGGAGAACUUGCCGACUUCUUGGCAUGCAGCAAAGACCCCGACGUGAUUGACAAGAUUAUGGGUGACCUGGAUGAAAACAAGGAUGGUGAAGUGGACUUCCAGGAGUUUAUUGUUCUGGUUGCUGCACUGAGUGUCGCCUGCCAUGAAUUCUUCAAAGACUGCGAUAAGAGCUGCGUGAAAGACGAGAAGGACCAUGGUUCUAAGAAAGACUGAAAGUAUAUUUCACAUUAAAUCAAUAAAAAUGUUGGAUGUAAAGGUUUGACUCAUUCCUUACCCACAGAACCUUGUAAUGUUGCAAAAGAUGCAUCCCAAACACGUUAAAGUCUUCUGCCUUAAUAAAAUUAUAUCCUGUU